UGACCUGGCCACUGUCCAGACCAAUGAAGAGUGGAGCCAACUGGACAAGUUGAGAGAUAAACUACAAUUUUACAUUUGGAUUGGACUGUAUGACGAUGUGAAUGCAUGGCGCUGGUCUUUGCAAGAUGAAAGUGUGACUUACAAUGUCACAAUGAAAUACAAUGGGAUUUAGAUCAGCCGAACAAUUUGAAUGGAAAACAAUACUGUGUAAAUCUAAGGACGACUGGAUACUGGUGUGAUCAAGCCUGUAAUUUGAUGUAUCCCUUUUUUGCCAAAGUGAUGGACAGAGCCAUGGAUCAGAAGCUUCUUCUCAUCCUCAUGAUCUGUGGAAUACACUGUGUUACAGGUUUGUAUGCCUCCAUGGAGUCAUCUAAAAACUACUACUUUGUGAAUGAAUCCAAAACAUUUGCUGAGGCUCAGCGAUACUGCCGAGAGAAUUACAUUGAUCUGGUGACUCUGGAGGACUGGACAGACAUGGAGGAGCUUCUGGCUCUUGAAAACGUAAUGAGCACUGAAUCCGCCUGGAUCGGACUGAGGAAAGCGGAGCACAAGCAGUGGCGCUGGGCUGAUCCAGAGCUUUACAAGGACGGAGAAACUGAAUACAGAAACUGGGGACUAAAAGAACCAACUAACCUCGGUGAUGAAUACUGUUCAGUAAUGGAUUUCAACGGAAAGUUUCGAGACACAACGUGUGAGACGGGCAGGAGCUUCAUAUGCUACGAGCCAGACCUCUAUGGUCAGAAAUACAGCAAAUACAUGUUGGUUAAUAAGCUGAAGUCCUGGAGAGACGCUCAGAGUUACUGCAGACAGUAUCAUACAGAGCUGGUCAGCGUGAGGAACGAGGACGAGAACCGUCAGAUCCAGCAGCUGAUUCCUGCAGGAAAUGUCACAUACAUCGGCCUUUUCAAAGACGCUUUCGUCUGGUCCGAUAACAGCACGUCUUCAUUGAGAAACUGGCAAUCCGGUCAGCCGGAUGGAUCGGGAGAUUGUGUGGUGCAUUUACGACACAGCAGACUGUGGGAUGAUGAGAAGUGCAGUGACGCGAGUCCUUUCUUCUGCUACGACAGAACAGUGGUUAGACAGAUAUUGAGACUGAAGGUGGAAUCGGAUCAGAAUGUGAAUGAUCCCGAUGUAAAGGCUGCAAUCCUCGAGGAGAUUAAGCAGAAAUUAAUAUCUCAGGGAAUUUCAGUGCAUGCAAAUCUGCAAUGGAAGCAGCAAGCAAAUGGAGACGUCUUCCAGAGAGAAGAGAAGAUGAGAGAGGAGUUAUAAGAUCUCUAACAUGAGAUCACAGAUCAUCACUUUCUCGCCCAUCAUUAUAGGGCAGGUUUAUCUGAAAUAGACAAUAAUGGAUUGAAUCAAUGUGGAAAAAAUUUAAAAUGUCUCGACUUUUAAUCACUAUAUUUAAAGUCCACUGUAAAAAAUGACUGUAACUUUAAUGUUAAAACACUGUAAAAUGCUACAGUAAAAAUCUGUUAAUUGCCCCUUACUGAACAAAAACUGUAAGAAAACUAUGUUUAAGCUUUGUAAAGUCUAAAUCUAAGCAUCCCCUCCAUCUCUCCGUGGCUCUGAGCCAAAACCUAUUGAGCUGCCUGUUUAUUUAAAGGGCAUCAUGGUGCUCCUGAUGGAAAAGCUGUUCUCAAAACUGGGUGGCAAAGAUGAAGUUUAGAUGUAGAUUUGGGGUGAGAUUGAGGACAUGGAAUUGGGCUACUUUUAAACUGUUGCCAUGGAUUGAUUUUCCCAAGUGGGUUAAAGGUUUGAAAUGUUGCAUAAAUUACAUUUGACUGAAAUGCUUGUAUUGAAACAUUUUGCAUUCCAUCUACGAUAAAACAGCGCUAGAUGUAAGUUUUGUGAAGGAGGGCCACUGGUAGGAAGCCUUUGAGCUGUGUUUAUGAUCAAUGUGCAUAACAGUGACUGUAAAAUAUGUAUUUUAGGUAUGGAAAUAACAUAUUUUGAGUGUUGAUUUUUGGGAUAUGGUCAUUGCGCUACUUUGGGCACUACUUUAACCACCAACCUAAAAAGUGCUAUAAUAAUGCUGAGAAAUGUAUGUUUCAAUUGUGAAAUCAUGAAUGUA